AUGGCCGCGCGCCUAAUUGGGCUUACCCUCGAUAAGUGUCACUGCGAUUAUAUGGCCUUUCUUUGUGAAUUUAAAAAUUUUAUAAAUAAAAAAUUUUUUUUUUCGGAUUUCAGUUUAAAAUUUAAAGUAAAAAUGGUCGAUACAAACAACAACAAUAAUAGUCAACUUGACCAAGAAGAAAGCCUAACUACUUCUGCAUCUUUGCCUGAUACUAAAUUUGUGACCAACAAGGAACGGCAAAUUUAUGGAUGGAUUGACCAAAUAUUGCGUAUUGAAUUGAUUGACGGCCGUGUUUACCAAGGCAUUUUGUUAUGUGUAGACAAUCAAUCUAACAUUAUUUUGGGAGAUUCUCGUGAAUAUUGGAUUAAAAGUGUCAAAAAAGACAAAAUUUCACAGUCUCCGUCCGCUCAAAACAAUUUGGAGUCAAACGAAUCUUCUUUAAAAACCAAAAAACAAAAGAAAAGAAACAAAAAAGGAGGGAAACAAAAGGAGGAAGUUGAAGAAGUUGAGACGAAUUUUGGGAGGAAAAAGGAACUGUCGCCUAUGAGGAAGGUUUUUAAAUAUUUUUUGGGAUUAUUUUUGGGGUCCAAAACGCCUUUUCCUCCGUUCCGUGUUUUAAUUUUUGGUGGGGUCUAG